GAAAUAGGUUAGUAUCCAUACUGAGUUUGUAGUUUCCAAUUUGUUAUGACUUUGACCGAAAUUCGUAGAAUAUUGCUGAUUUUCCGAGUUAAAAUGUCUUCCUCUACGAGUGCUUUAUUAUUACCAGUUGGAGUUCGUGGCAUGAAAAGCCUCGAUCGCGAAAAAUUCACACGUAAUGUUACUGUACCUAUCUUGAAAGUGUCUGACGAAAAACUGUCGAAAAUUACCCAAAUAUGCAAACCUUAUUUUCUUAAACUCUCAAAUUUUAAGCCAGUGCAAAGUUUACAAGACAUGAAUGGUGAGAUUGUGACUAAGUGCAUUUAUUUUGACCCAGUAAAAGUGUCAAAGUGGCUUGACAUAUCUGAGGAUGACCGUUCUUCACUCAAGCAGCAGAAUAUCGGCGAAGAUAAUUACGAAACUAAGGAAAUCCUGUUAAGCUACGAUAACUUUAAAUAUGAUGAGAUUUUCAAAGCAGUUCUACCCGAGAAUGAAGAAUUAGUAAGUGGGUUUUCUCAAAUUGGACACAUAAUACAUCUGAAUUUAAGAGAUCACUUAUUAGACUACCGCUCACUCAUUGGACAAGUCCUGAUAGACAAAAUCAGUACUUGCCGCACAGUAGUCAAUAAGAGUAACAUUAUAGAUAAUACUUAUAGAAACUUUAAUAUGGAAGUGAUAGCUGGUGAAGAAGAUUUCUUAGUGACAGUAAAAGAGAACAGAUGUAACUUCCAGUUUGACUUUUCCAAAGUUUAUUGGAAUCCAAGAUUAUGUAAAGAACAUGAAAGAAUCCUAGAGUUUCUAAGACCUGGGGAUAUAUUAUUUGAUGUAUUCUGUGGUGUUGGGCCAUUUGCAGUACCUGCAGCAAAAAGAAAAAGCAGAGUUUUCGCCAAUGACUUGAACCCUGAGUCAUUCAAGUGGUUGAACCAUAACGCUAAGCAGAAUAAAGUCAAUAUGAACCUUUUUAAAUCAUUUAAUAUUGAUGGUAAAGAUUUCAUAUGCAAUACUUUAAGAGACUUCAUACAAGAUUACUGUAAAGGGACAGAGAAAAUUGAUAAAGGAGCAAAAAUACAUAUAACCAUGAAUUUACCAGCUAUGGCUGUUGAAUUUUUGAAACAUUUCAAUGGAUUAAUCAAAGACGCUGAACUCAAAGAUAAAUUUGACUGUGAAAUACUUGUAUAUGUUUAUUGUUUUGCUAUUGGAGAGGACCCUUAUGCCAUAGCAAAGAAGAUGGUAUGUGAAAAUAUUGGGAAAGAUAUAUCUGAUUUAAUAACAAAUGUUUUUGAUGUUAGAAAUGUUUCCCCAAAGAAAGAGAUGAUGAGAGUGACAUUCAAAUUGACUAAGGAAAUACUUUUUUCAAAUAAUAAAGAGGAGGAAAAUAGUGAACCACCUAUUAAAAGAAUUUGUGCUAGUGAGCAAACAGAUUAAGUAAUUUUUUUAUAAACUUUAGAGAUGAAACAAUUUUUUGUACUUCUUUAUUUGAUUUCUCUUGAGUAUAAGAAUCACUGUGAAUAAACUUAUAUUAUUAAGUAAUAAAGUAUAGUUUAUGA